GGAGUUGGGCUUAGAAACUCCAAAAACAAAAAGUGAAGAGGGAGAUGCAUAAUUCGCACCACGCGUACGUCUGACUAUUAUUUCCUAGUUCCCACCGGUUCUCGCUUGGCUGGCUAUAUUUUGCCCAUCGAUUCUUUUCUUGACACAGGAGAUGAAUUCGCGGACCGCAUUUGUGUUCAGAAAAAUCUGAGCCGUUCAAGUGAUCCGGUGAAACGCUUUUGGACAUCUCACUGUAUAUCCUCCUCGUAACGACUCAAAACCCUCUCCUGUUUUAUCUCAAUCCCGUCGGAAUCCGGCACUCGCCGGCGAUCUCUCCGUCCUGAUGAGAUGCUUUUUAAUUAAUUACAGUGAAGCCUAGGCUUGUCCGGUAGUGGCCUUUGCUUUGGGUAAAGUAAAUGGGCUGCUACACUUCAAAAUCUAGAAAACAUUUCCGUGGACACGAGGAUCCUGUAAUUCUCGCAUCUCAAACAGCAUUCAGCGUCAGCGAAGUUGAAGCACUCUUUGAACUGUUUAAGAGCAUUAGCAGUUCUGUGAUUGAUGAUGGGCUAAUAAGUAAGGAGGAAUUUCAGUUAGCUCUGUUUAAGAACAGAAAGAAGGAGAACCUCUUUGCAAAUCGGAUUUUUGACCUGUUUGAUGUCAAGCGAAGGGGAGUGAUUGAUUUUGGUGACUUUGUUCGGUCCCUUAAUGUCUUCCAUCCUAAUGCUCCUCAAGAAGACAAAAUCAACUUUACAUUCAAGCUGUAUGAUUUGGAUGGAACAGGAUUUAUUGAGCGACAGGAGGUCAAGCAAAUGCUAAUUGCACUUCUAUGCGAAUCAGAAAUGAGAUUGGCUGAUGAGACUAUUGAGGCUAUACUUGAUAAGACAUUCUUGGAUGCUGAUAUAGAUCAGGACGGGAAGAUUGAUAAAUCUGAAUGGCAGAAUUUCGUUUAUCGCAACCCAUCGUUGAUGAAGAUUAUGACCCUACCUUAUCUCAGGGACAUAACAACAACAUUUCCAAGUUUUGUGUUUAACUCAGAAGUCGACGAGAUGGCUACAUGAGUGAUUAUACAUGCUCAGUACCCAGCAAUUGAUACGCCAUUUUGAAGAUAAUCGGUUAGUGAAGUUCCUCUUUUACUCUUAGACAAAGACCGAAUAUAUGGAGUACACGUUCCAUUCACGGCAUAACAGGGGAAAGAUUGCCACUGGUGAGUUAACAGAUUAAGUUCGAAGAAGGGUUAAAAAAGCCUCUUCUUUUUUGGGUAUUAAUGUAGGCACAGAAGUUGGUUAUGUGUAUAGGGUGAAAGCUGUUGCUAUAAAUUUGCAAAGUUAUUUUUAUCAUCAUCAAUUAAUUAAUUUAAUUUUAAAGCCAUUUUCCUAAUUGAUCUUUCUUAGCUA